CUGGCCAGGCGGGACACAAGGCGGCCCGUGGCGCUGGGAACAGCAGCGGCGCUGGCCAGGCGGGACACAAGGCGGCCCGUGGCGCUGGGAACAGCAGCGGCGCUGGCCAGGCGGGACACAAGGCGGCCCGUCGCGAUGGGAACAGCAGCGGCGGGGCCUCUGCACGAGGCGCGCAGGCUGCGAGGGCGGGGCGGGGCCACCCGUCCCCUUGGGGCGAUCAAAUCGUGGAAGAGGGGCGCGAGGUGUGGGUGGUUUUCUGCUGGUAGAUCAACUGGUGAGGUGUCCUCGUCGACUGUUUGAGGGACUCGAGGUGUGGAGCUCAGGAGCUCCUGACCCCAGCUCCCCGUGGGGAUGGGUUACCUGAAGCUGCUGGUGGUGAAGGACUUCAAGUCGUGGAGGGGGCAGCAGGUUAUCGGGCCCUUCAUGAGGUUCAACUGCAUCAUCGGGCCCAAUGGAUCAGGAAAAUCUAACAUAAUGGAUGCUGUUAGCUUUGUGAUGUGCGAAAAAACAUCAAAUUUGCGAGUCAAAAGUGUUCGAGAACUUAUUCAUGGAGCACAUGUUGGAAAACCUGUUUCUUCUACAGCUAGUGUGAAGAUAGUAUAUUGUGAGGAAGAUGGGGAAGAAAAAACAUUUUCAAGAGUUAUCCGAGGUAGUUGUUCUGAGUUUCUUUUCAAUGACAAGUCUGUCAGCCGAUCUGCAUACGUAUCUGAGCUUGAAAAAAUAGGCAUUCUUGUCAAGGCCAGGAAUUGCCUUAUUUUUCAGGGAACAGUAGAAUCAAUUGCAAUGAAGAAGCCAAAGGAGAGAACUCAACUUUUUGAACAAAUUAGUAAUUCAUGGGAAUAUGCUGAAGACUAUGAACAAAAGAAGAAGAAAAUGCAGCAAGCAGAGCAGGAUGCACAGUUUAAUUAUAACAAGAAAAAAAGUGUGGCAGCAGAACGCAAACAAGCAAAGAUAGAAAAAGAGGAGGCAGAGCAUUACCAGAUGUUAAUCAAGGAACUGGAUGAAGAAAGGAUACAGCUGCAGCUUUUUCAGCUUUAUCACAAUGAAAAACAAAUUAGCUUUCUGAAAAGCAGUUUGGAUGAAAAGAAUAUGGAGGCUUAUAUGAAGAAAGAGGCUCUUUCUGCAGCAGAAGAUUCAUUUAAAGUCAAGAAAAAAAUAUUUGGGAUACUAAACAGGGACCAACAGCAUAUGGAAAAAGAAAUGAAGACUCUGGAGGCAUCACUGAUUCAGCGCAGACCCCUCUAUAUAAAAGCAAAGGAAAACACAUCCUACCAAAUCAAGAAAGUAGAAAUGUCUAAAAAAUCUCUAAGAGACAAGGAGAAAGCCUGUGAUAAGGAAAAGCAGAACAUAAAAGAACUAGAGAUGGAAUUGAAUGAUAUUGAGAAGGCGUGGAGAGCGUUUGAGGAGAAAACUGAAGAAGAGAGAAUGCAGAGAGCAGCAGAUAUUGAGCUGGGAGAAAGUCAGUUAGAGCGGUACAAAGAGCUAAAGGAAAUGGCAAGAAAGAAAGUAGCUAUACUAGCCCAACAGCUAGAAAAACUUCGUUGGGAGGAUAAAGGAGAUCAAGAAAGGCUGAAACUUAAUCGCAGGAAGAAAAAUGAAAUUGAGGAAACCAUUAAACAGACUGUGGAACAGGUGGAAGAGCAUGAAAAACGUAUAGAGAAGUUGGAAGAAUAUGCUAAAAUAUGCAUUGGAUCACUAACAGAAAAAAAACAGCAGGAAGAAGUGCUGGCUAAGGAAAUUGAGAAUGCAACAAUGCGGAUGGCUGAAGUGAACGAAGACUUGAACAAAAUAGCUGGUGAACUGCAGAAUGCCAAAAUUGAUUACCAUGAAGGAAGGCGUGAGCAGAUGAGAGCAGAGAUCCUGGAAAGUCUAAAAAGGCUAUACCCAGAUUCUGUGUUUGGAAGAUUGCUUGACCUGUGUCAUCCUAUUCAUAAAAAAUACCAGCUUGCUGUUACCAAGGUAUUCAGCAAAUACAUGACUGCUAUUGUUGUUGCCACUGAAAAAAUAGCAAGAGAUUGCAUUCGGUUCCUAAAACAAGAACGAGCUGAACCUGAAACUUUUCUGGCUUUGGAUUACCUUGAUGUUAAACCAAUUAACGAGAAGCUAAGGGAGAUAAAAGAGGCUAAAAUGAUGGUGGAUGUUGUACAAACACAAUUUGCUCCACUGAAAAGAGUGAUUCAGUUUGUGAGUGGGAAUGCCUUGAUCUGUGAAACAGUUAAGGAAGCAAAACACAUUGCAUUUGAUGGACCAGUAAGGCUGAAAACAGUGUCUCUUGAUGGAACUUUAUUUUUGAAAUCUGGAGUGAUUUCUGGAGGAUCAAGUGAUUUAAGAUUUAAAGCUAGAUGUUGGGAUGAGAAAGAAAUUAGUAAAAUGAAAGAAAGAAGAGAUAGCUUGAUUAAUGAGUUAAAGGACUUAAUGAGGAUCAGACGGAAGGAGGCUGACUUGAAGCAAUUGCGUGCUCAGUGCCAAGGAACUCAGACACGACUUAAAUAUUCACAGAGUGAAUUAGACCUUAUUAAAAAGAAACAUCUUGCUAAUCUCUUCAUGGAAAAAUCAAAACUGGAAAGUGAAUUGGUAAAUAUUGAGGCUCAGUAUGAUAUGCUGAAUGAAGGAGUAGUACAAAGAAAACUAAAAAUAGAAGAGUUUCAGAAAAAAAUUAAUGAGGUUGAAGAUGUUGUUUUCCGGGAAUUCUGUGAAGAGAUUGGUAUAGAAAAUAUUCGUGUGUAUGAACAAGAGCAUGUGAGACAACAAGAGGAGAUUGAUAAGAGAAGACUGGAGUUUGAAAAUCAGAGGACACGACUGAACGUUCAGCUGGAGUAUAAUCGUGAUCAUCUACAAAAAUUAACAAACUCAGUCAGCAAGUUGAGGGAGACAAUUCAUAAAGAUGAAGCUGAGAUUAUCAACCUACAGAAGGAUGAGGAAAAGCUUCUAAAAAAAGUUAAUGAACUUCUGGAGGAGCAGCAACACCUUAAGGAUAGACUAAAUGCUCAUAAAUCUGAGCUCACAAAAAGCCAAAAUGAAGUUGAAGAGUUCAGAAAGAUGAUGUUAACUCUUAAUAGAGAAGCCACAAAGUUGCAGAGGGAAGCUACAGGUCUAGAAACCUCACUGGAAGAGAUGAGAUUAAGGAGACAUAAUCUGCUGCUUGAAUGCAAGGUGCAGGACUUGAAAAUCGAGUUACUGUCUGGAUCACUGGAUGACAUCAGCGAAGUAGAGCUAGGAACUGAAAUAGAAAGCACCCAGACUCUGUCAGGCAUCUAUGAAAGGGAAGAGGGAAUUCAGAUAGACUACAGCACCCUAGACAUUGACCUAAAGGAACUAGAAUCUGAUAAAGAUAUAGAGGAUCAUGUGAAGCAAAUGCAGCAGGAAAUCAAAUCCAAAGAGGUCACAUUAAUGAAGACAGCUGCUCCAAACCUGAGAGCAGGAGAGAAGUUACUGAUAGCUCGGGACAAGUUCCAAGAAUCGAUAGAUGCUUUUGAGAACAGCAGAAAGGAGGCCAGAAUAUGCAAGCAGGAAUUUGAAGAGGUGAAAAAAAGGAGAUAUGACCUAUUUAGCCAGUGCUUUGAGCAUGCCUCCAUAGCCAUUGACAGGAUCUACAAGAAGCUUUGCAGGAACAGUAGUGCUCAGGCCUUCCUUAGUCCGGAAAAUCCUGAGGAGCCCUAUCUGGAAGGCAUUGGCUUCCACUGCGUGGCUCCGGGCAAGCGCUUUAUGCCGAUGGACAGUUUGUCAGGAGGGGAAAAAACAGUGGCAGCCCUGGCUCUUGUGUUUGCUGUACACAGCUUUCGUCCAGCUCCUUUUUUUAUUUUGGAUGAGAUAGAUGCUGCACUGGACAACACAAACAUUGAUAAAGUGUCAAGUUUCAUUAGAGAACAGGCACAUGAACAGGUCCAAAUGAUAGUUAUUUCCCUGAAGGAAGAGUUUUAUUGCAAGGCAGAUGCGUUGAUUGGAGUGUGUCCUGAGCACAAUGAGGUUAUGUUCAGCCAAGUCCUGACCCUGGACCUUACCGAGUACCCAGAGGGAGAAGAGCAGGACACAGCAGAGAAGCCCAGCCAUGGUUCUCUCUUCGAAUAGUGCAUGGAUGGUAUCAGGGCCAGGUGACAACAGGAACUGGGUUCACAGCUGACUGUUACAAACCUGAGUUUGAAUGUGGCUGUUAGAGGUUGAUAGGGGAAUGUUCACUUUUCAAGUAAAGCAGUUUUGCAAAAUAUUAAGGGAAUCAACUGCUACUACUUGAUGCAGUUUUGUUAAGGAGAGGUGAGAGCCCGAGGCUGUUUCUGAGGUUUGCACACUGGUACCCAAAGCUUUCGUUCCAAAUCUUUUGGCUGUAAGAAGUGCUGCAGGUUCAUUUCCAUAAGUAGAGUAUCCCAAAGAACAAGCCUCUUGUUUUUCUUAGGAAAAGUCCAUAGUGCCAGCAUGCUGUUCAGGUGCUCACUGCUCCAGUCAGGACCUUUUGUGUUGUAGCUGCAUCUAUUUGCCUUCAGAAUAGGAUUAUUUCCUCUUUUCUAAAACAGUAAGGUACUGGCAUGUGCUCAUUAUCUUGUUCAUUAUCACUCCUGUGACAAUCAGAAAUACUUCAGUUCUCCACUGCAACCUUACACAAGUAUUAGUUAACUGUACAAACACUUGAGAUGCAGCUCUACAGCUGUUAUGUAACCUUGAAAAAUUUCACCUCUGAGCUAUUUCACCUCGUACAGAAGUGGAAAGAAUGAACCAUGCUAUAGAGGCAAAUGAAAUAUAUAUCUGUAUAUAUAGAAAUAUAUAAAAAGGUAAUGUUAUCAUGUAGCUGUCCCAGUACACUGAAGUUACUUUGCUGGCCGUUUUUCAUCUAAGCAGAUUGAAGUUAAUUAAUUUUUCAUCUAAAGUUAAUGAAGUUGGGUAAAGAAACCUGAAAGCUGGUAUCACUUUAUCUGGCUUAUGUUCCACCUCUGUGUGUCCUGAAGAGCUUCCCUUGGUUUGUGGCUGUUAAUAAUUUUAUCUUGUGUUCACAGAGCAGGUUCCUUUUGUCCUGUUGGUUGCUUACAUAUACCUAGGUUGUGCUGUGAGCCCUGGGCUUGUGCUGGGCCUGUGAGGAUCCUGCCUCAGGGAGGAAGAUUGAGCCGGAGCGUAAUGUGUUUCACAGGAAUACAGAUGUUCAUCAAAUACUUGUGUUAUUGCUACACUUCACUGAAUAAAAUAAUUUACUCUGAGGCAUGA